AUGUUGCAGCGAGACGUCAUACACCUUCCUGAGUUCAUCGCCACUCCGCACGAAUUCAAGCUAUCGCAAAGCAUCACGGGUUUCUUACCUCAAGAAUGGUGCUAUGCCCCCGGUGUGCGUAGUCGCAUGGUGCCGUUUGGCCAUCACUUGAUCUGGUUCAAUCCCGCGGUGCCGACAACCGAAUUACUCCCAGAUGGAACAGACGCGUCGCAGAGCCCGGGCGGGCCGUGGGUGCGGCGUAUGUGGGCUGGCGGCUCGAUACAAGUACGACCCGACGAGUAUUAUGACCGUAACCGCGGCUUUAGAGUCGAAUUUCCCAUGUCUGGGACGGAGCACAUAAAGCAUGUCCGACUGCACGGAGAAGGCGACACUGCCAAGAUUUUUGUCACGAUCGAGCGGCGUUUUGCACGGGUGGACAUCGUAGGGAGAGCGUACAACGCGAAGCAUGGCAAACUGGGAAAGAAUGGAGGUAAAAAACUAAAGACUUAUCUCGAGCAGCAGUUGCGAGACGGCGACGAUUGGGGCGACUCAAUCGUGAAGGAGGAGCGUAACCUGGUCUUUUUCAAGGAGCGCCCCGCUGCCGAAUUGGAGGCAGUCAAGGCCGGGCAGAUGGCCGCCGUGAAGUAUCUGCAGCCCCCUGGGAAGCCAGACUUCUCACACGCCCUCACUCCCGAUCGCGCCCUUCUUUUCCGCUUCUCUGCUCUCACCUUCAACGCCCAUCGCAUACACCUCGAUCCCGAGUACGCUCGUAACGUCGAAGGCCACCGCAACCUGCUAGUUCACGGUCCUCUUUCCCUGCUCCUCAUGUUGAAAACCAUAAGCCAUUACGUGUAUGCACAGACCGGGGGAAAGCAUGAUCUGGAGUCGAUCGAAUAUCGCAAUCUAGCGCCGCUGUACUGCGAUGAAGAGAUGCGCAUAUGCGGCUUGGAGAAGAAGAAAUUGCAACAUGGCAGUAUAUACGAUGUAUGGAUUGAGGGGCCGACUGGAGGUGUUGCUGUCAAGGGCACUGUUUACACCACAGUAAAGAAUCCUAAGCCAAAACCGCUGGGACCCGGCUCUAGGAGGCCAGAUAUUACAGCACUCAAUGCUGCCGCCAAGAAAACGCCAAAAGCGCAAGGCAGCGAUCAAGAUCACGUCGCAUCAGAGAACAAGCGGCCACCCCAAGACUCGCCCGUACCUGCAGAGCCUCCUACAAGCUCUGAGCCUGUAUCUCAACCCCAAGGUGAGACUCCAAACAAAUCUGAUCCCAGUGAAACUACUUCUCAACCAUCAUCUAGAGAAGUAAACUCACCGACCGCACAAACAACAAGCCGAGCGUCCCGUCGCAAGCGCGCCUCCAACACCACGGCCUACAACUUCAUUUCCCUCCCUCCCAGCAAAGCACCGUCUGCUCGCGUCGUCGACUCGUACAAGCCAGUGAAACCGACGAUAUCGAUACGUUCGAGGGAAAUUAUACGACGCGCUCGUCGGCGUGCCCCGAAGGAGAUUCACGUCAAGCCUAUACCGCUGGUUCGCAGGUUCGAUGCGACACCGUACACCCCAGACCCUGUUCGCACGGCUUCGAGACACAGCAGAUAUUUGAGGGAGGGCGCCAGGAAGAUCGAGAAGCCUAGUGUUCGCUUUGUUGCGGAGCAGCUGUCGGAGCGUGCGGCGCUGAGGAAGAGGAUUGGCUUUAGAUACGUGCAUCGGUGA